UCCUCGAUGAAAUCAUUUUUUAUACAUGUACUAAUAUUAGACGCUCAUGCUUCACCGAACCCAUUCCAUUACAAUUGGUGCAUCGAUCGCGGUACAUAAUCAAUGGGACCAUUAUAUAGUUCGGAGCAAAACCAAAACGUUACGCUGUUAACGCUUGUCCUUGUAAAUGGUUGUGAUCGGUCGAUGAUGAUGAUGUAUGGAUAUAUCUCAUGCCUUGGCUUUCAGUAGGAAACAUCAACAUGGAGUACUAGUAAUAACUACUUCCAAAGUACAAGGAACUUCUUCUAGAUCUCCACCAGAGACUGCGAGAGUUAUAUUUCUGGGUCAAGUUUCAUUCUGGCGCGAAACCAGAUCAAGCGUACUUCACCAUAAUCAUCAAGAAAACGUUUACUAAGAUGUGCAAUUAUCACUCGAUCUGUGUAAAUCUGUCUAGUCUGUAACGAGCUGAAGUGUUCAUUAAGUCUGAGUAUCAUACUCACUGACAUCAUGGCUUCGGGAACUCCUAAAAGUCCUCGACCAGGGAGAAAGCUAACUGUAGCUGUUAACAUUCCCAAACCAUCAUCGGAUUCCAGACUAUUUCUCGAGCCAUCCAAGCCAACAGGCAGGUCGCCGUCAUCACCCCUUGCGAAAAUUUCUUCCUUGGAUGCGUCAGAGAAUAACAGCGGACCUCAUCCCCCACGUUCCCCUCGACCGUCCACCCCAAAUUUCCAUCAGGUUCGAUCACCGUAUGGCAGUCCGAAUGAGCAUGGCACUCGACCUCGUCGACAUACGGUGAGUGUGGUCGAACCGACAAAGGUUGCCGUGCCGAUUGUUCGUCAUAAAACGUUUCCCGCAUCUAUCUUUCACGAUGAACCCAAUUUCGGUAUUGACUCAAUCGACGACGAAGCUGAUCAUGAAGCCGAAAACCCACAACCUCUGCCGGCAUCGUCGUCUUUCUUUCAGCAAGCAAUGCUCGAUCUUAAAAGAAGACCGAGUCGGAGUUCACAGUCAUCCAUCGAUGACGAAGAAUCGACACGGUCGAAAGGGAACGCGACGCCGUCCCCGAGAGCCAGCCAUCCCCUACGAUCACCACCAUCCAUCAAGAUCAGUCAUAUCGAAGAGAAGAAUGCAAGCUACUCACUGGACAUCGAGUUCAACGUUUCAAACGACGACGAUGAUAUAUUUGGAUCACAGGGUGACGAAAAUAAACUGAGUAGUAGCGCGCCAGACUCUUUCCUCGAGGAAACGAGAAAAAGUACAAUUUUACGACUUCAACUUGCUAAAACACAGCUAAGCUUAUCCGAACGUGCCCUCAAUCAAACAUCGUCAAAAGAUCCACAUAAAACUGUCAUCAAGAAAAACGAAAGGACCGUCCCGAAGUCGGCUCGGAGGUCGAAGCCAGGCGUGAUGUUGAGCGUGGACGUCUCUCCUCUUGGUGGCCCGCUUAGGAAGUGGAGAUCGACAGAGGGAUCUCUCCCAGCUCUUAGCACUGCAACUCCUUCCCGUCAUCAUAUAAAUCAUUCUCCAUUUCUAUCGUCCCCUAUGAUGAUGAGGAAAGGGAGUGUCCCUGCGGUGUUGUCGAUGCCUCCGAAAGUGAGACCGCGAUCGAGUCUGCAAGACCUACAGGCAUCAUUUAAAGAUGGCGAACAACAAGGGUCACCGAAAACGUCCAGUCUCUCUCCCAGAGCUGCUCCUUCUACCAAACGUCCCUCUUCUGCGCAUGUCUUUUCCACUUCCACCUCGACAUCAUCGUCGAGUACAUCUGAGUCUUCUCCGACGCCGACAGUGCGUACGAAACUGGAGACGACCGACCCACCUAAUAAACCAACGAGCAGAGGACACCAUCAUCUGUCACCCAUCAGCCUCAAGACGGCUAACAAGAUCACUCAAUUCAUCACUUCAGCAGCGGCAUCGUCGUCCAUCUCGGGCAGCUCGGGAAGGACAAAUCUCUUGCCGGACACCGUCACCCUCCCGCCGGUUCUCGACUCGUCUGGUCGACUUCGUGUUCAUCGAAGACGGGACGACUCCAUGCGCCUGGUGAGACAGGCAGUCAACAGCGACCACAACGAGUGGAUGGACAGCAAUGACAAUCAGCACAGUGCCAACAGGAAAGUCAAGAGUAUCUUGGGUUUCGCCGAGGUUUGAAUAGUCAAGGGGAAACUAGAAGCAAAUGCGGGCUCCCCCCCCCC